AUGGUGUGUACCUGUGUUUACACUCCACUGUGUUUACCCCACACUGUGUUUACCCUCCACUACUCCACUGUGUUUACCCUCCACUACUCCACUGUGUUUACCCUCCACUACUCCACUGUGUUUACCCUCCACUACUCCACUGUGUUUACCCUCCACUACUCCACUGUGUUUACCCUCCACUACUCCACUGUGUUUACCCUCCACUACUCCACUGUGUUUACCCUCCACUACUCCACUGUGUUUACACUCCACUACUCCACUGUGUUAACCCUCCACUACUCCACUGUAUUCACCCUCCACUACUCCACUGUAUUUACCCUCCACUACUCCACUGUGUUUACCCUCCACUACUCCACUGUGUUUACCCUCCACUACUCCACUGUGUUUACCCUCCACUACUCCACUGUGUUAACCCUCCACUAUUCCACUGUAUUUACCCUCCACUACUCCACUGUGUUUACCCUCCACUACUCCACUGUGUUUACCGUCCACUACUCCACUGUGUUUACACUCCACUACUCCACUGUGUUAACCCUCCACUACUCCACUGUGUUUACCCUCCACUACUCCACUGUGUUUACCCUCCACUACUCCACUGUGUUUACCCUCCACUACUCCACUGUGUUUACACUCCACUACUCCACUGUGUUAACCCUCCACUACUCCACUGUAUUCACCCUCCACUACUCCACUGUGUUUACCCUCCACUACUCCACUGUGUUUACCCUCCACUACUCCACUGUGUUAUACCACUCCCACUACUCCACUGUGUUUACCCUCCACUACUCCACUGUGUUUACCCACUUCCACUACUCCACUCCACUGUGUUUACCCUCCACUACUCCACUGUGUUUACCCUCCACUUACUCCACUGUGUUUAACCCUCCACUACUCCACUGUGUUUACCCUCCACUACUCCACUGUGUUUAA